AUGGGGAUAAAGAAUCCAAAGAUAAUGCUAGACGAUUAUGAUUAUCGACUAUAUAGAAAACUAGAAAAACGAACAGUAUGGUUAUGCUCACAAUACUAUUCUACCGAUAAGGAAACUAGAUGUAAAAAUAGAAUUGAGACUACAGGUCGAAUAGCUUAUGUAAGUGGAACAAUUUACUUCGACGUUGGUCACAAAAAUCCUAAAAUUAUCGUAGAUAGGAAUUCGUACCUUAUGUACAGAAAACUUCCUGAUAAAACAGUUUGGUUGUGUACACAGUAUCAUAAGAAAGAUAGAUGCAAAGCAAAAGUCAUGACACGCGGAAGGCAAGCUAUCAUUAUCGGAGAUCACAACCAUCAACCUACGUACCUGAAUGUAAAAAAUAUGACUUCUCAAGUUGUGUCUGUCAAAAAAGCUAAUAAUUAUGAGGAGUGUGUUCAGGAAUGGGGAAAACUAAAAAGAUGA